AUGGAUUUGUUGAGCCUAGGCGCUCGCUCUCGUAAGACGGGUUUGACUCCCAAAGAAAACUUGAAGCGUGACAAAUAUGAUAUGGAAGAUGUGGAUGCGUUCUUUGAAGAUGACGAUAAGGGUGUAGAUGCUGGUUCUGUCAAGCGGAACUCAAUUAAUUCACAAAUGCUGCAUCGAUCUAUAUCUUCAGGAUCUUCUGUGCUUUCAGAAACUCCGAAACAGAGAGACAGUCUUAAUAAUGUUGCACGAAAGAUAGACUUCACGGAAGCUGAAGCAGAACGAUUCCGCUUGUCUGUAGUUUCCAUGUCAGAUCGAUCUGGUAAGAAGCCCAAUAAACUGGUGCCACUACGAUCUCCACUACACGAGGCCACGAAGGGCCGUUCUACUGGGUUCGACCACCACAACUACGACGAAUACGAGACUGAUAAUUUUGAUUUUAGUAACGAGCAGGAAGCAACUCUAUCACCGAUCCCAAUUCCAGAUAUAGAUUCUCCCCCUGUUGGCUCACCUGUUACCCAAAAGCCUGCGAGACAAUCGAAAACACCAGCAACUUCGAAUUCACGUGGCACGUCCAAGAAAGCUGCAUCGUUGACCAAGCAGAUGGCGCUCGGUCUGAAGUCAAUUAAUGAUAACCAGAAAUGGAUCAAUCUGGGGUUUUCACUCUCUGACAUUGAUUCCGAACCAUCUGCAGAAAUAAUAUCCCCACCACCUACAGCAAAGAAAAACGCUCAGCGGCAAGUUGAAACCAUUGUGAGGCCGUCGCCGCUUCCGUCACCCCCGCCAGAUGGUUUGAGGCGUUCGAAGAGGACCAAAAUUGCUCCUCUUGCAUUUUGGAGGAAUGAACGUAUUGUUUAUACCCGUGCUGAUGAAUUGGAGGAGAAAGAUGGCAAGCUUGCAGAUGAUAUCCAUAAUAUACCAUUGCGAGAAAUCAAAGAAGUGGUUCAUAUUCCAGAGCGUGGUAAUGCUCAAAGUCGUUCACGAAGGUCUCUGAGGCCACGCAAUUUGAGAGCAAACAAAUCUCGAAAUAAUAGAAGGCCCACACCCGCAGAGCUUAGUGGUCGUUUUGCUGGCUCUGAAUGGAUUAAAGACAAGUACCUUUCUUUAGAUGUUUUUGAAACCCCAGACUCAAAUUCUCGUCACGACAGGCGUAUAGCUUGGGCACCCGAUUCAGUAACAUACACAGAUCACCUUAUAGAAUCGUCCGAUCCUGACGUUGCUGAAAACUUCAAAGUGGCUACCCUUUUCAAUGAAGAUCGCGACUUCAUUGCUUGUGCUAUGCUCCAACUUCCGGUGGAUGGCUUCAAACUUCUGCGCUCAUCGGCAGGCAGUGUAUAUAUAUUUCAUGUUGUGGAAGGCGACGUGGAAGUUACCUUGAAUGAUCUGACUUUUGUGGUCACAAGAGCAUGUUCAUUUGAAGUUCCUCGUGGUAAUAUUUAUGGGUUCAAAAAUGUGGGAACCGAAGCAGCAACGUUGUUCUUCGUUCAAAGUCAACCGCAUUUGGGAGAAGCACAAAGUGACACUGAUGAUUCCGAGUAA